AUGAGCUUCCUCAAGGGAUACCUCAAGCCCUCGAAGAAGUCGGCAGAAGAGACUUCCGCCAGAGUUGCAAACGGUGCUCUUCCCCCAGCUAUGGAGAUGAUUGUCCCUCCCCUCCAGAGCUCACCUAUAUUCCAACCACCUCGACUAUCUCGACCUCCCUCCAUAUAUCCCGAAGGAGACUUCCGCAAUGAAUCUCGACACUCCGUCCUCCAACUCAAGUCCGAUGUCAUGGUCAGCUGGCUACACCAACAGCAGUGCGAGAAGCGAUUAUAUACGCAACUUCCGUUCGAAGGUGCCAUUCUCAAGCAGACAAAAGAUGUGUUUGUCUGCUCCCCGCUGGAAGUGAAGGAAAGUGCAUUAUUUGAGCAGGUGGCCAAGUUAAAUGUCAAGGCUGCCAUAACCGUCAGAACGCGCUUUAUCGACAGUGUUUUGAAUUGCCAACACCUCGAUUACAUUCCCCUCGCAGACGGACUCCGAUUGCAGGUCAUUCCAACCUUGAACGAUCUUCAUGGCUGCCAGAAACACCACUUUGCUGCUUUCAUUCUGCAGGAGAGAAUGAUGGUCGUUUGGGACGAUCAGCCAAGAAACAUAUUCAUACGCAUACGGCAGAUUGAAGAAUCGCUGAUGAAGGUAAUUUGGGAGAACGACAGUUCAAGGGGCUACCUAGGGGAGAAAAAGAGCGCGAAUACGUCCGUGACACAACUGUCGGAAUCGGCCUCAACUGUCACGCCUGGAGAUUUGGAGAAUGCGCAAGUGCUGGAAAUACGCCCGACCAAACUGAUCAACCCCGUCAUCGUGGGUGCGACCUUGACUUUGCUCAUUGCUGCUCUCGGAAUGGGUUUCAGAGCCCUUGCACAAGAAGUCAGUAUCGAUGGCAGCUAUACGCGGCUGGCAUUGCUUGUCGUUACCCCGGCUCAAAUCUUCGUCUCGCUCUUCUUCAUGCAGAUUGUUAUCGUCAAUCUUUUCCAGAUUUUCGGACCCAUCAGUCAGAUGAAUAUCAACUCGAAGUUCUAUUCCGGAAUCGCUCCCUGCCGCCUUGAUCGCGACCGUGGCGAGGUACUCCCUCAUAUCACCAUCCAAAUGCCCGUCUACAAAGAAGGUCUUGGUCCUGUCAUUCAGCCAACUAUCAUUUCGCUGAAGGCUGCUAUUUCGACGUACGAGCUGCAGGGAGGAACCGCCAAUAUCUUUGUGAACGAUGACGGCAUGCAAUUAAUUUCCGCGGAGCAAGCAGAAGCCCGUCGUGAUUUCUACGAAGAACACAACAUCGGAUGGGUCGCACGCCCAGGGCAUGGAGCCUUGGUCGCAGGCGGAGAGAACCAGCAACAAAAAGAAUUCGUCCGAAAGGGGAAAUUCAAAAAGGCUUCUAACAUGAACUACGCCUUGAUGAUUAGCAACAAAGUGGAGGAGAGGCUACUCGGAGUUGAGCGCACGAAUAACUGGCAACAAGGGGACGAACUCAAGGCCUACUAUCAAUGCUUGGCUGCGGUGCUCGAACAAGAACAGGGCCGCGCGUGGGCAGAAGGUAACAUCCGCGUGGGCGACUACAUUCUCUUGAUUGACUCGGAUACCCGAGUGCCAGAGGAUUGUUUGCUUGAUGCUGCAAGCGAGAUGGAGCAGUCACCCGAGGUCGGGAUCCUGCAGUACUCUUCAGGGGUAAUGAAUGUAACCAACACCUUCUUCGAGAACGGUAUUACCUUUUUUACAAAUCUGAUCUACACGGCUAUUUGCUACACUGUUGCCAACGGCGAUGUUUCGCCCUUUGUCGGCCACAAUGCAUUUCUCCGCUGGUCUGCGCUGCAGCAAGUGGUGUACGAGGACGAAGAUGGGUACGAGAAAUUUUGGUCCGAAUCGCAUGUCUCGGAGGACUUCGAUAUGUCCCUGCGCUUGCAGGUCAGCGGCUACAUCAUCCGGCUCUGCUCGUACACCGGUGACGGCUUCCAGGAAGGUGUCUCGCUGACAGUUUACGACGAAUUGAAUCGCUGGGAGAAGUAUGCCUACGGAUGCAACGAGCUUCUCUUUCAUCCCUUCAAGCAAUGGCUUUUCAAGGGCCCUUUCACUCCUCUCUUCCGCAAAUUCCUCUCCUCGAAUAUUCGGAUCACUUCCAAGAUCACGAUUCUCGCAUAUAUCGGCACGUACUAUGCUAUCGGUGCCGCCUGGAUACUCACCGUAGCAAACUAUCUGUUGGUGGGCUGGUAUGUGGGCUACCUGGACAAAUACUACCUCGACUCCUUCAAAGUCUACUUCUCUCUCAUCAUCGUCUUCAGCGCGCUCGGCAACAUCUCCCUAGCCGUUCUCCGCUACAGACUUGACCAAAGGAACUUGCUCAGUAGUCUAUUCGAGAACUUCAAAUGGGUCUUCCUCAUGUCCCUCUUCCUCGGCGGCAUCUCCCUCCACGUUUCCCAGGCCCUCCUCUGCCACUUCUUUGGAUUCGACAUGAGCUGGGGUGCCACGGCCAAGGAGCUCGAGAAGGUCAAUUUCAUGGAAGAGAUCCCUCGCCUCAUCAAGCGUUUCAAAUUCACCUUCAUCUUCUGUGGCCUUUGCAGCGCCGGCAUGGCCAUCCUCGCUACCGCACCUUUCGUCCCGUACUACUGGCGGAUCGACAGCUUCGUGGCCAUCUACCCGCUAGGCACGGUCAUCAUCAGCCAUUUCAUGCUGCCGAUUGCGCUCAAUCCUGCGUUGAUGACGUUCAACUGGUAA